UUUUUUUGUGUCUUGAGAAUUAGUCAAAGAAAGAUCGAGGGGAUGACAAAAAUCUCAUGGUGUUUCGGUUGAGGUUGGAUUUGGCUUCUUCCUCCUUAGGAAUGCAUUUGACUAGUUUGAAUAUUAUACUUGUUUUCAUACGUAUACAUACACUUUUCUGCACCCUUCUGAGGAUUGAGAAUGUGGCGAUUCAGCUUCAGCUGGUUUUUGGUUAGAGAAAAUUGAGAAGGAAGAUUAUAUGGCACUUUUUAUAUGCAGUACGCAGUUCUGGUUCAUUUAAGCCUCACGCUAGUUUAAAAGUUUAUUUCGGAAGCAAAGCACAAGGAAGAGCCAGUGAAACUUGUUGCAGGUCUUGGGGAGAAUUUCCAGCACGUUUCAUCUCUCAGAUUAUACAGUUAAAGAUGGUCAUAGUCAAUGGCACCAACGGGCUAGUAUCUUUAGUAGUGAUUUUAGUUUUGAUUUUCCCAGAAGUUGCAUCACAAGCACUCUCACCCAGUGAUUCUGUUGCAGAUAAUGUGUCAGUAGCCAUUAGCCAACCGGAUAAUACUAUUAGAGUGGACCCUUUAGAUCAUUUCCAAAAAUACAGAGGAGGAUUUAACAUCACCAACAAGCAUUAUUGGAGUUCUGUGAUCUUCACUGGAGUAUUUGGAUAUGCAAUUGGGGUGCUCUGCAUUUUUUGUGGAAUCGUAUAUGAAACUUUUUUGGUAAUAUCCACGGUUUGUCACAAAAAUGACAGAGGAAGAAGGAUGAAGAAGGUCUUUCCUUGUAAUUACAAGAGUUGUGAUCUUUCACUAAUUCUUUUGACUAUAUUGCUCACCAUUUUUACUAUAGCUGCAACUGGGCUAGUUCUUGCUGGGAGUGCAAGGUUCCAUUCUGAAGCAAAAAAUUCAGUUAAUAUUAUAAUCAAGACAGCGAAUGAGGCAUCAGAAACAAUACACAACACAACAGGAGCGUUAAAAGACAUGGAAAGUAACUUCAUGGAAGCCAAUAACAAAGCUGAGGCUUCUGUAAACCUUGACUCUACAACUGAUAGACUUGAUGAUGCAUCUGCAAACAUUGAAAAGCAAGCUAGGAAGAAUAGGCGUCUUAUUAACAAGAGCUUGAAACUAGUGUUUGUAAUUACCACGGUGAUUAUAAGCUUGAACUUGGCUGCUGUAAUAACUUUGUCAGUUUCUGGAAUACUGAGGUUACAGCGGGCACUAUACCUGCUUAUUGUAUUAUGCUGGUUGAUGACAGUGAUAUGCUGGCUAUUCUUUGGAGCCUAUUUCUUCUUGGAAAAAUUUUCUGGUGAUGUAUGCACAGCUCUUGGCAGCUUUCAAGAAAAUCCCUAUAAAAACAGCCUAAGCUCAAUCCUCCCUUGUGAUGAAUUGCUCUCGGCAAAAUCAGUUCUAUCUGAUGUUAGUGCUGGGAUCUACGACCUUGUUAAUAAGGUGAAUGCAAACAUAUCAGCCAUGCAGGCAACAUCAGCUGUGAAUCUUGUUCAAGUUUGCAACCCCUUCUCAGCUCCACCCAAGUAUUUAUACCAGCCAGAGAACUGCCCUGCUAACACUAUACGAAUUGGAGAUAUCCCAAAGGUUUUGAAGCCUUUUUCUUGUUCAAAUACGAUUGAUGGAACCUGUGACAAUGGAUAUUUAAUACCUGGGAGUGAAUACAUGAGAGUUGAGGCUUACACAAGUUCAAUUCAGGACCUACUGAACGUGUAUCCAAGUAUGGAAAACUUGUUGGAAUGCCAAGUGGUGAAAGAAGCAUUCUCUCAAGUCCUUGUCAACCACUGCAAGCCUUUGAAGAAAUAUGCUAAGAUGGUAUGGCUAGGAUUGCUGUUUCUUGCAGUGAUCAUGGUGUUGUUGGUUGUGCUAUGGACUAUAAAAGCUCGUCACGAGCACCGUUAUCAUCUUUCAGAUGGUUCUGUGGAGCCUCAUUGUGCACCAACAAAAGCCUUGGAAUCAGGAAUAGCUAAAGAGAUUGAGAUUUGACAACAACUAAAUUGGUCUAUAGUCAAUUAUAUUUAAUCCACAAGAACUUAGGACCGGGUACUGGAAUGCAAAUGCGCAAGCAGCUUCCAAUAAUCCCGUAUAGUGUAACAUUUGUAGGUUGUACAUUGUCAAAAAAAGUCAAUACAUACACAAGUCAAAAGAUAAACCAAGGGCAUCUAGAAUUUGCCUUUGGUGAUAUAAUUUUCACACAACUUCUUGUUCAAAAGAAAAAAUUCACUCUGGGGACCAAUCCCAAACAAAAGACCAUACAGAUGUACGAAAAUCAUCAAACAACAAAUGAAUAAAUCAUCUACAUUUACAA